AUGACUGAAACCACAGAAGCACCAACCGUUGCACAGACCGCCGAAACCAAGACGCCAUCGCCCACGAGCGAACCGGCCGUGGUCACGCCGGCCGAGAACGGCCAUGGUGAUGCGAAGGCGGCAACUGAUGGCGAGGAGCAGACGACCAGCAAUGGAGGUGCGACCCCGGACGAGAAGGCCAAGGUCGAGGAGAAGAAGGAGGAUCCACCGAAGGAGAUGCGCGCCGUCGUGCUGACCGGUUUCGGAGGUUUCAAGAACGUGAAGAUCCUGAAAAAACCCGAACCGUCGCCUCAGGUCGGCGAGGUGCUGAUCCGCGUCAAGGCAUGCGGGUUGAACUUCCAGGAUCUGAUGGUGCGACUUGGUGCUAUCGAUUCGCCACCGAAAACUCCAACCAUCCUCGGGUUUGAAUGUGCCGGUGAAGUUGAAGCCGUCGGUGAGGAAGUGGAAGGAUUCAAGGUUGGGGAUCGCGUCGUGGCCCUACCGGAAUUCAGGGCCUGGUCCGAGCUGGUCGCUGUACCGACCAAGUACGUCUAUCACAUUCCGGAUGAGAUGACAUUCCAGGACGCCGCUGCCAUCGUGAUGAACUAUCUGGUCGCCUACAUUCUCAUCUUCGAUCUGGUGUCGCUGCGUGAAGGAAAGUCGAUGCUGCUGCAUUCCGUCGGUGGCGGUGUGGGCCAAGCCAUCGUACAGCUGGUACGCACCGUACCCAACGUGACCAUUUUCGGUGUUUGCUCGAAGGGGAAGCAUGAGGCCUUGGCUGCGACCGGUUUGAUCGAUCAUCUAAUUGAUCGCACCGACUAUGUCAACGAAGUUCGGAAGAUUACCACGGAGGGCGUCGACAUCGUAAUGGAUUGUCUGUGUGGCGAAGAGUGCAACCGUGGGUACGGACUGCUAAAGCCAAUGGGCAAGUACAUCCUGUACGGUUCUUCCAACGUCGUCACCGGCGAAACCAAGAGUUUCUUUAGCGUUGCUCGUUCGUGGUGGCAGGUGGAUAAGGUCUCCCCAAUCAAGCUGUUCGACGAGAACAAGAGCUUGGGUGGCUUCAAUUUGCGCCAUCUGCUGUACCAGCAAGACGGUGCGGAAUAUGUACGCUCAACUGUCGACAAGAUCUUUGACAUGUGGAAGGAUGGCAAGAUCAAGCCGGUUGUAGAUUCGGCCUGGGCUCUGGAGGACGUAGCGGAGGCGAUGCAAAAGAUGCACGAUCGCAAGAACAUCGGCAAACUGGUGCUGGAUCCAUCAAUGGAGCCUAAGCCAAAGCCGGCCACACCAGCCAAGAGCAAAUCCAAGAAGCAAGCUAGCGAGGACAAGACCGGCAAGAAGGACAAGGACGACGACAAGAAGACGGCCGAGAACGGUGGAGGUGAUGAGAAGAAAGAAGGCGGCGAUGAGGCGGAGGAAGCCAAAACGAAUGGUGACACGGAGGAAGCAGCCGGCACUCCCCCCUCGGCGCAAACGAAUGGAGACGGCGCGGUAGAGAAGAAGGACGAACCGGCAGCCGCCACCAAUGGAGACGCCACGGAGAGUGAAAAAAAGGAAUCGAGUUGAACGGUUAGCACGUAAACCGCCGCCACACACACACAUACACCUAAAAGCACGUCGCUAAGCACAUCAAUCCCAAUACAUUACUGAACUACUAUUUUACAAUCUUUACUUCCACAAACCGUGCACACCCUGCUCCCUCAGCUCUGUACACGACGAUCCUACACAUCGAUGAGGGGGUAUGCUGAUGUCCGGUGGAUGAACUUUUUUAAGGGUGUUUAGAGAACGGUGUCGUGUGCCACUUUGUCAGACCCUCCUCAACCUAACUGGAAUUGCAAAGAAGAGCGAGAGAAACAGAGAGAAAAAAAGUAAAAAAAUCAAAUAUAUAUUAUAAAUAUAUCUAAUGGCAAAAGAAAUGUCCUAUUACUACUACAAAUGCAUAAUUAUAGCUUCAACCGCCACUAAAAACAAAACGAAUGCAGGAAAGCAUAAAAGCCAAUGAGAAAAAAGAAACAAACAUACAACUAAAUCAUAGAGGAAAGCAUAAUCAUUACGAUACGGUCACGUGAAUAAAAGGAAUAGAACGUCCAUAUUGGCACUGAGAAGUGUGUUCCCACGGGGAAGAAAAAUGAAGAGGAACUAAAACAAAACAAAUCGUUGCAAUUCGCCAAUGAGAAAAAAAACAGGAUGCAACGUUACAGCUGUUCCCAGGGAACAUUCAUUAACAAUUGAUGCGACCCACGGUUGCAUCAAAACGUUUUGUUGUCACACAUUUGGUUUUGAGCAAAAGCUGAUCUCAUGCGCUUUCAUUUUUGUUUCUUCUGUAGUUCAAUAUUCCCUUAAUGCGCAAUAUGUGCUUUUAAAGGCAAAAAUAAGAGAAAACCAGAUUUCAUUCUAAAUCGGUUCGCAUGAGAGCAAACUGUUCAUGUGUGUAUUUCCGGUGUGGUUAUUUGACCAAUGUUGAGGUAAACGGAUACGAUAACAAAUCAUACGCGACGUAGAAAUUAAAUGCACAAAAAAGAGAGAUUACAUCUUAACAAAACACGAACACACACACACACGUAGGGAUAGCGGGAAGUAGGAUAAACGAUCAUCAGCUGAAUAUUUCUUCCUUUUUUUAAUAUGUGUCAUUUUUAUGUAAUAUUUAAAUACUAAUUGUAAUAUUUCAAAUAUAUGUUUUGUCGCUGAAAAGAUUUUGCACAUGAAGGAACACCGUGAACCUCGAGUUCGUGAACAGCUGCAACAUUUCGAUCGUUGCAGCAGAACUGCAGCUGUAGCUGGUAGAAGACGAAAAUUCUUUUUAUACGACAUUACAAGAAAUAAUUAUUAUGUUUUAUGUACGAUUUUGUUCUCUUUUAUGUAAUUAACCGUAGUAUCGUUCAGUUGCGCACACGAUCGCGAUCAAUGCUUUAGGAAACGAGUGUAAGCGCCUAUGUGUGAAAAUCAGUUAAUGUGAAAGGUGUUGCGACAACCGUCGUUACUUUGCCUCGUUCAAUUUUGUUGCUUAAAUUUCAACCUUCAAUUUCAAAUCAUGUUUACAACUUGGUCGUUAAAUGGCUAGGAGCAAAAGCAUAAGGUCGCCAGUAGGUGAGCGACUUGUGGUGUGGUAGCGCAAAAAAAAACAUACGGUGUAAAAGCAUGGCAAAAGUAUAGUAAUAGGCGCUCCUUUAUCAGUUUGUAUAAA